AUGUUUCGUCAACCACCAAAACUGAUGAACGAUAUGAUAUCGACAAACAAUCAAUAUCCUGAUCCACACGACACACCAAUAUUGGAACCAUACUUUAAAGAAUCAUCAAAUGUGAUGAUGCAUAAUAAAAAUUUUAUUUCAAGUAAUGUUCUGUUAAAUCGAAUUCUCAAAAAACAUAAUGUUAGUCAUAUGCCUACAGAAUUAAAUACUCGAAAUUUUUAUUCAAAUUUGGAUUUCAUGACAAUUAAAUGGGCAGCAUCACUUAAUCAACAAGACAAAUGUCUCGUAUUGUUCAUCGUUUUUUCAGCAACAAUUCUUAUAUUAGCACAUAUAUGUGGUAUUUUAACUAACAAAGCAUCAUAUAUAGUUCCAUACUUUUUAAUCAAAGUAUUUAAUGUUAUUGUUUCAAUUUUAUCAAUGGUUGGUUUUUACGCGUAUAUGUCCGAUAUUAAAACUUGGCUUCGCAUGCAACCAGAAUUUCCAUUUAAACAAAAUUUACUUGAGCUCGAUGCUCAAACACUUCAACUUGUUGUAUUUGCUUUUCUUCUUUUUAUUAUUUUGGCUAAACUUUAUAUUGCUGCUAUCAUAUGGUACUGUUAUGGUUACAUAACAGCAUUGACAAUGGCUCGAACUAUUGGAGCAAUUUCAACUCCUACAGAAGAAUCACAAGCACUUAUGGGAGACAUGUAUUCACCACCCAAAUAUGAAGAGGCUAUUAAAUCAAAUUAUGAUGAGGAAGACAAUUAUUCACCUCCUCCUUAUACACCAUUACUUCAUUCAUCGACGUAA